AUGGCAUUCCCAGCACCUCCGCCUGCCCUGCUCUGGGACACACACAACUCCUCUGGAGGGAAGGGUCUGAGAGAGAGAGAGAGAGAGAGAGAGAGAGAGAGAGAGAGAGGAGAGGGGAGAGAGAGAGAGAGAGAGAGAGAGAGGACAGUGGGGCUUUGCUGUUAUUGUCGAUCACCGAGGGGAAACUUUUUGUGUUCCACAGACUGCCCUCCAGCCUCCAGUCAUCCGUCCAACGCCGAGGAACGAGAAAUAGAAAAAGAGAAAGUUGACGCUGUUUUCUCCGGGGUUUUUGUUUUGGGCGUCCUGAACACUCAGAGGGUGCCCUUGACUGUGACGUGCUGUCAGGGGGGGGGGGGGGGGUUUGAGGGAGGAAGAGGAGGAGGUGGAAGUGUGUUGGGGUGUGUGGAGGUACGUGGGAGUUUGAGGAACGAACACUUCCAGAGCCCCGGUGCGUCUGAGCACCUUGACAAGAAGGCUCUCCCGGCGGGCGGCGUCCAGCUGAGCGGGGGGGUGUCCGUGCAGCAGAACCAGCAGCUCCUCCUGACCCCCGCCAGCCUCCAGCUUGCCCAGCUCCAAGCCCAGCUCACUCUCCACCGUCUCAAACUGGCCCAGAGCGCAGUGGGGGCCAACAACGCCGCCGCCGCCGCCAGUGUCCUCAACCAGGUCCUCUCCAAUGUGGCCAUGUCGCAGCCCCUCUUCAACCAGCUGCGGACGUCUGCCAUGGUCGGGAACCACCAAGGGGCGUUCCCCUCCAGCGCUCUGGCGUUCCCCCCUCCUAACGCGGGCCUGGGGUCCCUGGUGGGAGGGGGGUUCGGUCAGAACCCGGGGAACGUGAGGAUGAAUCAUUACGGAGGGGGAGGGGUAGCUGGCGCCCAGCAACAGCAGGGAGCCAAUCAGCACGGGGCGGAGUACGGCAAGAAGGCGGGGUCGACGUACCCCUCGGAUACGGACAGGCGCGUCCAGUACGGUUUCCUGGGAGGGACAUCGGUGGCGUCGAGCAAAGCCGGGGAUGGGCAGUACGCGUCGGUAAGCUCACAGGCAAAUAUAGGCGGCCAUGUUGGAUUUCAGAGGGAGUUCUAUGCGCCGGAGUCUCAGGGGCAACAGACUGUGUUUGGUGGGAACGAACACAAUUUGAAAGCUUACACCUCUGCCAGUCACGCGGAGCAGUGGAAAAACCCAGCCAAUCUCAACCAUACAGGCAAAGCAGAAAUGGUUUCCAACUGUGCCACUGUGUGGUCAGCGACCGGGCAGCCAUUUCGUGCCAGAGGGGAACUGUACAACCCUGAGGAGCCCACCUGCGACCCCAAGUUCAACUCUGGGGGAGGAGGGGGGGUGACCUCCUCCUUCGGGCCAGGGGGUACCCAGGGGUUUGUGGGGUACCAGGCCCUACAAGGAGGAGAGGAAGCAAUCUCUGUGGGCUCCAUGGUCCUACAGCCCCACCAGGUUAAUGACUACCGUGCAGUGACACCCUCUCACUUGCCACACCAGUGCACCAUCUGUGACAAGAAGGUCUACAACCUCAAGGACUGGGACCAGCACGUGAAGGGCAAGCUACACCUGCAGAAUCGUUCGCUGUACUCCGAGAGUCCUGUCGUCGCAGCCGGUGGAGUUCACUACUCUGUUCCGGGUUCUUCUGAAGGAUGUCUAAACACCGGGGGGACUAACUUGAUGGUGUAUCCUGGCGCUGCCAAUCAAGACGUGUCUUCAGCAGCGAACUCCUUCCUCCCAGCUGCAGCUAUGAAGACUUAUCCUCUGCCGGGGACGGGAUUUACCACACACGCCCCAGGAGCAAAGUCGUUCCCUCCCAGGAAGUCAGUGCCAGGAAGAGUCGUCCACAUCUGCAACCUUCCCGAGGGCAGCUGCACCGAGAAUGAUGUCAUCAACCUGGGACUGCCGUUCGGCAAAGUCACCAACUACAUCCUCAUGCGCUCCACUCACCAGGCGUUCCUGGAGAUGGCGUAUGUGGAGGCGGCCCAGGCCAUGGUCCAGUACUAUCAGCUGACCCCUGCCACCAUCAACGACCAGAAGCUUCUCAUACGCAUGUCCAAGAGAUACAAGGAGCUGCAGCUUAAGAAACCUGGUAAAGAUGUGGACUCCAUCAUCCAGGACAUCCACUCUCAGAGGGAAAGAGAUGAGAUGCAGGAGGUCGACCACUACAUCCCGGAGCGAGCGCGCUCCCGCAGUCCUAUCAGCCGCUCCCUGAGCCCUCGCAGCCCCAGCUUCACCUCCUGCAGCUCUGCACACAGCCCCCAGGGGGCGCCAUGCCGGCCCGGCAACGGCCUGGGGCCCCGUCGCGGGUCCUGGGACUGGUCCUCGCACCUCCGCAGGGCCGAGGAGGACCGUGAGAGAGACCGGGAGAGGGAGAGGGACGAACCGCCGUGGAGGAACGGAGGCGGGAGCCUCGGCGGCGACGACGACCGCCCCAACGGGCGCUUGCCGCCGGAGAGGCGGAAACCGUAUUUGAAACCCUCGGACCGGAUCAGCCCUCGGUCGGCCGAUGAGCGAGGUGGGGGAGGAGGAGGUGGGGGGGGCGGUGCGGGAGGCGAGGGGAUGAGGGGUGGGAGAGACUGGUACCCCCGGAGCAGCCCCCAGGGAAUGCCCUUCCCCCCCUACAGGAACCUGGACGAAGAGUUCUACAUGAAGGAGCAGAUGUACAAGUCGGAGAAGCCCUCCAGGCCACCGUACCAGAGGGGUCACGAGGUCAAGUCCAAGAGGAGGAGCGGAGGCGAGGGGGACUACCACGGCAGGUCCCGGCACUCGGACACGGAGGUGGCGGACGAGCCACUUCCUGUCAGGACGGCGGAGGACAAGAGGCAGGGCUCGCCAUCGAGGGGACGGAGCAGAAAGACAACGAGGAGACACGAUGAGAAACAGGAGAAGGAGAUCAACACGGAGAACGACGAAGAAGCAUGUGAGGGUCAUCCACCUAAGGAGAAGUCUAAGUCCCCUCAGCAGAGCCGCAAGCACACAGAGGCCACAGCACGUCACAAAGACAGUGAGGCGGAGGGGUGGGAGAGCGGAGAGGACACGGAGGGCGAGUGCUGGUACCCCCACAACAUGGAGGAGUUGGUGACGGUGGACGAGGUGGGAGGAGAGGACGACUCCAUCAUCGAGCCCGACCUCCCCGGCCUGACGGAGGACGCCACAACGUCGCCCUUGAAAGACCUCGCCCUGGAGGAAGCAGAGGGCCCCGACUCGACUCGCCACUCCCCCGAGUCCAGCACCUGCUCCGAGAUGGAGGACACCGGCCGGGAGGGGCGGAGCCAGGAAAGGGGAGGAGGGAAGGGAGCGGACACACCUCAGGAGGAUAAAAGAGAGGAAGUGCCGACGAAUCGGAACACCGACGACCCGAACCGCGAUCCAGAACCCUCCAAACCGUCCAGUUCGGACCUCAUGGACUUCCCCAAUCAGGAGUUCAAGGCUGCGUUGGAGGAGACGUGUUUGGGGUCAGAGGUCAAUGCUUCCAAGAGUGGGCCAAUAGCGACGCUGACACAGGAGCCGCUGACCAAUCACGUUGAAGCGAGUGAGGGCAGUAAAGGCCAAGAUGUGGAGAAUGAAGAGGAGGCCAGGAAAACAGGAACCAUGCCAGAGACUGACAGCAAGGAGCCCCUACAUAGACCUGAAAGUCCUAAACGAGCUGCCCAGAGUGCAGCAGUCCUCCCUGGGUCCAGCCAGGCAGACAUAGAGGCUCUCACCCCGUCGCGAGAACAAGACAAAGUCAUCAGCGAACACAGCAUUCCCUUAGGGGUGGAGUUCAUCGUUCCGCAGACAGGUUUCUACUGUAAGCUGUGUGGGCUGUUCUACACCAAUGAGGAGACGGCCAAGGCCGCACACUGUCGCAGCACCAUCCACUAUAGGAACCUGCAGAGGUAUCUUUCUCAGCUGGCAGAAGAGAGUUUACUGGACAACCUCACUGCCCCCUCUGAGUGACCUCAACCUCACCUAUGACCUCUAACCUUUUGAAGGCCUUGAGGAUGCCGUUUCCUGUGUGCGUGCAUGUGACAGUCAUGUGCUCUGCAGGCUGGUAACUACUGCACCCACAACACAUGGCAGUCUUGUUAAGGUUAACAUGCUAUGUGGAAGGGGCUCCUGUUUCAGGGAGGUGUGCUGGGAAAUGUUUGGGAAUUUACCUGGAUGAACAAUGGACAGGAUUGUUGCAGUGUCCUGUACAUAAAUGUUGCUAAUCAAAACCCCUAAUGUCAAUAGAAGAAAAGAACAUGCUGAAAAGAGUCUCCAAACUAAAUCCUAUUUCAGGUUUUUAACGUGUUAUUUGGAACUGCCAUCUUCAAAGCUUUUAAGUCUAUACUUGUUCUGUGGGUGGAGCUGGUGUAGUCUAUUCUGAUUGUCGACGAGGUUAAACGUUGUUUCUCGUGUCACUUCCAAAGACAAACUACGGUGGCCCUGAAGUGCAAAUCAAACAAAUAGCCAAACAAAUAUCCCGGUGCAAAUGUCCUGGUGCACUCUGUCAGGCUAUUGCAUUUUGUACUUCUGUCGAUAAACUUCUUGUUAGUUACUGCAUCCAUUCAGCGACGAAGUGUUGUACCUACCCUUUCCGUUUUGAGAUAAUGUAAUGUGUUUUUGAGUUAAUGUAAUGUUGUUUCCCAUUUGGGGGAGCGUGUCUUUGUAUUGGGGGGAGGUGAGCAAUCCUAUUUGGGGGAAGUUGACUCGUAUUUGGGGGGAGUGUUUUCAUUUGGGGGGAUGCACUCAUGUUAGUGGGUGUAAUUUGCACUUCAGGGCCACCGUAACAAACCGAAACAAGUGUGCCAUGAGACGAGCCUUAUAAUCAACGAGAAGAUGAAACCGAUCUGCGGAAUCAGUUUGCUGAAAAACAAAAGCUCAGGUCACCUGUUUUACUGAGAAGUAACUCUAUCUAAAUGGAAGCGGUAGCAUAGAGUGCAUAGAGUGUUUUGUUCAACAGGAUAAGUAUCAGACUAAAAGAUACAUGCAUACAGUAUGAGAAUUAUGUAAGAAGACAUCCUCAGGUAUUUUGGUUUUGUUUGAACACAUUUUGAUUUCAAAAGUGUGUCGUUUUGAAUAUAAUUGCGCCUUUUGUGCCUUUUAUCAAUAAAAAUACACAAUGUGUCUACAGCCACAGUCCAAAGAUUGUAAUCACAAUUCACAGUAGGCCUGAGUCAAGGUACUGACGAUGUUCUGUACUUGUGAUGUUGUUGAUUUAUGAAAUAAAAUAAAUUCCCUUCAAUGUCAAAAUCACAUUUUCAGCCCAGCCCAAUCAGGUUUAAUAUAUGUCAUGCAUAUGUACCUUAACUCAUACGUUAAGGGAGCUUGAACUGGACCAUGUGUUUGAAUGUAUCUGAGUUUUAAAUUAAAGUGUGACAUUAAUAUUGGUAAUAUAGAAUUUCGAGGAAAGUUAUUGCUGUUAGUUGUUGUUGCUGUUUUAUAGGCCUACACUGUGAAUAAUCCUGUUUCUCUUUGAAUUUUAUUGACGGUUUUAACGGUUAUUCUUUGAAUCUUUUCCUAUGUCAUUUUCUGAUGUGAACAUUUGAAUAAACAUUCUGAAUA